UCAAUACACCAAAAGGCCCCUCCUGCUUUGUGCUUGGGGCUCUUGACUCUUUCUCGGCAGAGAGGAGAAUCUCUUAUUCCGGUUAAGAAUUUUUCUCAUUUUCUCUCUCAUUUCUCCCUUUCUCCGUCUAAUUUCUCAAAUUUCUAUGUAGAUUUUCAUAAAAAGAGGCGUGGUAUCAAUUUUGUUCGAAGAUAACAGCUUCGGGAUUAUGUUGAAUUUUAGCUUCUGAGAUAAUUUUUUUAUUGGGGAUCUUUUGCUUUGUCAAACUUAGGAGGAUAUGGUAGUUCAUUCUCUUGUAAAUGACAAAAGUGCAUCUGGGGAAGAUAGCGGCAGCAUUGACUGGAAUACUGAUGAUGAGCUAGAAAUUCAAGAAUACACAACAUUUUCUUCUUCUCUGACUUUAGCAACCCAUGGUACGGAAGCUUCUGCUGGUAAUGGAGGGGUAAGUCCUAAGGAAAACUCAUCAGCAAUUGUUUCCGAUUCCAAGUUGGUCAACCAUUUUGUUGGGAUGGGGUUUUCAGAAAAAUUGGUUUUAAAGGCGAUAGAGGAAAAUGGAGGAGGAGAUACAGACUCGAUACUGAACACCCUACUGACGUAUUCAACUCUUGAAGAAUCUCCUCCCCAACAGUUAUGUGUCAAUUCUGAUCCGAUCUUUUCAGACUAUGAUGAGAACCUUCUGUGUGAUCUCUCUGAUAUGGAUGGUUGGUCUGAAAAUGAAACAGAAGACAGUACUUCUCUCUCUGAGGAGCACAAAAGGUUGUUGUCCUUGGAAAGCACAGGAUCUUUGUCCGAGAAGGAGAAAAUGUUGCUGUUGUUAGCUAAAAUGGGAUAUACUGUAGAAGAGUGUUCAAUAGCAAUGGAAAGAUGUGGUCCAGAAGCCUCAGUUGUCGAAUUAACUGAUUUUAUUUGUGCUGCUCAAUUAUCAAGGGAAGCAGAUGUUUAUCUACCAGAUGAUGACCUCAAGCCAAGAUAUAAUGGAGUUUGCAAGAUCAAGAAGAGAAAGUUCUUUGAGAUUUGUAAAAAGAAAAAUGAUCCUGAGACUGAGACAAUACGCCUGCCUAACCCAAUGAUAGGAUUUGGUGUACCAUCGCUGCAGCUUGAGAGUAUUAAUCGAUCUCUUCCUGAUUCUGCGAUUGGCCCUCCUUUUUUCUAUUAUGAAAAUGUGGCUCUAGCCCCGAAGGGAGUCUGGGACACUAUUUCAAGAUUUUUGAAUGACAUUGAACCGGAGUUCGUUGAUUCUAAGUAUUUUUGUGCUACGGCGAGGAAAAGAGGCUAUGUUCAUAACUUACCAGUUCAAAACAGAUUCCCUCUUGUUCCUCUUCCCCCACUCACCGUCCAGCAAGCAUUUCCAUUGUCGAGGAAAUGGUGGCCCCAAUGGGAUCCUCGAGAAAAACUGAACUGCAUUCAAACUGCCAUUGGGAGUGCAAAACUAACUGAGAGAAUUCGCAAUGCUCUUGAGAGAUUUGAUGGUGAUCCACCUACCUCUGUGCAAAAGUCUGUUCUCGAUGAAUGCCGCAAAUGGAAUCUGGUUUGGGUAGGGAGGAACAAGGUGGCCCCUCUAGAGCCUGAUGAAAUGGAAAUGUUAUUGGGGUUCCCGAAGAACCAUACAAGGGGAGGUGGGAUAAGUAGGACUGACAGAUAUAAAUCACUGGGUAAUUCCUUCCAGGUUGACACUGUGGCAUACCAUCUCUCGGUCCUCAAGGACAUGUUCCCAGACGGCAUAAACCUUUUAUCCCUUUUUUCUGGAAUUGGCGGUGCAGAAGUAGCACUUCAUCGACUAGGAAUUAAAUUGAAGAAUGUAGUUUCAGUUGAGAAGUCCAAAGUUAAUAGAGAUAUAGUUAGGAGUUGGUGGGAGCAAACAAAUCAGGCUGGAAAUUUAAUUGACUUUGAUGACGUCCAGGCAUUGGAUGGGGAGCGACUCGAGGAAGUGAUAAGUUAUGUUGGUGGUUUUGAUCUCAUCGUCGGUGGAAGUCCUUGCAACAAUCUCGCGGGUAGCAACAGAGUGAGCAGGGACGGAUUGGAAGGCAAAGAGUCAUCACUCUUUUAUGAUUAUUUUCGUAUUUUAGACCUGGUCAAGUCUAUUAUGCACAGGCCAGCUUAACUUAGUUUGAGAUGCUAAUUUUCCAGAUACAUUUGGAUUCAUGGCUUCUGUGACUUGUUAAUAAAUGAAAUUCAGCAAUGGAUUGCGGUUCAAUUUCUCUA